AUGUGUGGUAAUAACAUGUCAGCGCCGCUCCCUGCCAUAGUCCCUGCAGCUAGGAAGGCAACUGCAGCGGUUAUUUUUCUUCAUGGAUUAGGAGACACGGGGCAUGGUUGGGCAGAAGCUUUUGCAGGUAUGAGAAGUUCACAUGUCAAAUAUAUUUGUCCUCAUGCACUGGUUAUGCCUGUUACCUUGAAUAUGAAAAUGGCUAUGCCUUCUUGGUUUGAUAUUAUUGGACUCUCUCCUGACUCACAGGAGGAUGAACAGGGAAUAAAACAAGCGGCAGAAAAUAUUAAGGCUUUGAUAGAUCAAGAAGUAAAGAAUGGAAUUCCAUCUCAUAGGAUUAUUUUGGGAGGAUUUUCUCAGGGAGGAGCUUUGUCUUUGUAUACUGCUCUUACAACACAGCAGAAAUUGGCCGGUGUUAUAGCUCUCAGCUGUUGGCUUCCACUUCGAUCUUCAUUUCCACAGGGCCCCAUUGGUGGGGUUAAUAAAGAUAUUUCUAUUCUUCAAUGUCAUGGAGAUUCUGACCCUUUGGUUCCCCAUAUGUUUGGUUCUCUCACUGUUGAAAAGUUGAAAUUAUUGGUAAAUCCAUGUAAUGUAAGCUUCAGUACCUAUGAAGGCAUGAUGCACGGUUCAUGUAACCAGGAAAUGUUGGAUGUUAAGAACUUCAUUGAUAAAGUCCUACCUCAAGUUGAUUGACAUCAUUUUAGAGGCCUUCUUUAGAAGUACACCAGCAUCAUUGUAGUCGAGUAUAAACUUUUUCACAUGCCCAGUCCUGAAACUUUAAUUCUACUAUAGCAGUGUUACUACCAAUUUGCAAAUACA